AUGGCAACCAUCCCAGUACUGCAGCAACAAGAAAACUAUGUACGUGGUGUCUCUUUUGAUACAAUGACAGACCAAGAUCAGCCUGAUUAUUCUUUCACGCUUCGAGGCAAAACACAAGGGUAUCAACGUACUCGACGAAGCAGAACCUUCCUCGUUGCUACCGACCUUGAAAAUUACAGCGACUAUGCGCUUGAUUGGGCUAUUGAGAAUGUGAUUGAUGAUGGCGAUGAAGUUAUCGUCCUCCGUGUUCUCACGGUAGACAUGAGUGAGAACAGACCCAACCUGAAAUCCAUGUUGAGACACGAGGAAUUAGCAUCUAAAGAGAGAGCCACUAUCGUGAUGAACAGAAUCAUGGCCGCUGGAAGUCAAGAAUUAAAGAUCAGUGCAGUGAUUGAGUUCGUCAUUGGAAAAGUUCAAGAAACCAUUCAACAAAUGAUUUCUGUCUAUCAACCCUCGAUGCUGAUUGUAGGUACGCGAGGCAUGUCUGAAUUAAAGGGGAUGUUUAUGAACAGUGUAUCCAAAUACUGUUUGCAACAUUCGCCUGUACCAGUCGUUGUGGUUCGACCUGAGAACAAGGUCAAGAAACAACAACAAAAAAAGGCCGAAAAAGCGGCCAAGAAAGCCAACCGUCUUAGCGGCAUGUUUCGUAUCAACAGCCAUUCGAGUAUAUCCAGUUUGAAUUCAAAGGGUUCUGAUUCUUCAGAUAGUAGUUCAGAUGAGGACGACGUAGGCAAUGUGGAGAAGAAGGUGCAGCGGUUAUCUGUGUUUGACAAGAUUGGACGUCGAUCGAGAUCAUCAUCUCCAGCAAGACCACCUGCUAAAAAGCAAUAA